AUGCGAGGACACAGCUACCUCUCCUCCAAUGGACCUGGCAACAACAUCGUCGAGGAGUAUCUUUCGCCUAACGAUGCUUAUGUCGAGGAUUUCUCAACCUUCAAGGCUCUUACGGAUGUAGAAAAACAGGAGGUGAUUGCAAAGGAGGCUGAAGAGUAUGGGUUAGAGAAGCCGCGAGGAUGGAAUACUUCUUUCCAUUACAAUCCACAUGUCGAGUAUCACCACUUCGGCAGCUCGCAUCCGAUGAAGCCGUGGCGGUUGACGUUGACGAAGCAGUUGGUUCUGUCCUAUGGACUGGAGUACACAAUGGAUUUGUACGAGCCGCGGCCUGCAAAUUUCGACGAGCUUGCUAUAUUCCACGAUCGUGAAUAUCUGUCGUACCUCAGCAAAAUCACGCCUCAGAACGCACAGCCCGAGGACUCCCAGUACAUAGCCUUCGGCUUCGGCGGUGAAUCCAACGACUGCCCCGUCUUCGACGGGCUAUGGAACUACGUCUCCCUCUACAGCGGCGCCUCGAUGAGCGCCGCAUGGAACCUCCUCAACAACCAAUCCGACAUAGCGAUAAACUGGUCCGGGGGCCUACACCACGCAAAAAAGAACCUCGCAUCAGGCUUCUGCUACGUCAACGACAUAGUAAUCGCGAUCCAGCUCCUCCUCACGCAGCACCAACGCGUCCUCUACAUCGACAUCGACGUGCACCACGGCGACGGCGUCGAGCAAGCCUUCGAAUCAACAGACCGCGUCUUCACACUAUCCUACCACAAAUUCGGCAUCGACAAACACGGCUACCCCUUCUUCCCCGGCACCGGCAACGUCGACGAAAUGGGCCCCCGCGACUCGGCAAACCGCGGCAAAGGCCACAGCCUCAACAUCCCCAUCGACGACGGCAUCGACGACGACCAGUACAAAUGGCUCUUCCAAUCCGUCACCGACGCCGUCAUCCAGAAAUACAACCCGCAAGCCAUCGUCCUGCAAUCAGGUGCCGAUUCCCUCGGCGGCGACCGCCUAGGGCGUUUUAAUUUGAACAUCAAAGCCCACGGCUUCUGCAUCGAGACCGUCAAGCGCUACAACCGGCCCCUCCUCCUCAUCGGCGGCGGCGGCUACACACCCCGCAACGUAGCCCGCACCUGGUGCCACGAAACAGCCGUCUGCGUCGGCGCAGCACUGCACAACGACCUGCCCGCCCACAUCCCCUACAUCCAAGCCUUCCAGGGCGAGGAGAACGGCGGCGGCAUUCUAUACCCCGAUCUGCAUAAUACGAAGCGGCAUGAUAAUCUCAAUUCCAUGCCCAAGCUUCAGAGGCUUGUUGAGCAUGCUAUGGAGAAUUUGAGGUAUAUGGAGGGUGCGCCGAGUGUGGUUGUUGAUACGAAGGGUGUGGGCGAGGAGGAGAUUAUGCGCGUUAGGGAGAUGGUGGAGAAGGAGUUGGAGGAUGAGGCGGAGGAUCGGUAUAGGCUUAGUGUGGAGAAUAAUCGGAGGAGGAGGGAGAGGAAUGUGGGGGGGAGGGGGGAGAGGGGGUUAAGGUAG